GGGCGUGUCCCGGCUCCCGGCCCAGGAGCCCGCGGCCCGAGCGAGCUGGAUUCCCGCGUGGACAUGGGCCGCCGGCCGGGCCGCGGCGCCGAGCCCACCGAGGGGAGCGCACAGCCGCGCAGAUCCCGCUCCCGGGAUUCUGGAAGCCGAGCCAGGCUCCCGCUCCGCCCGCCUCCCGUGGAAGACUUGGAGGCCAAGGCCGCGAGAGGCCCAGGCUCCUCCGGACGGGGUGGGGCCCAGCCCAGCUGCCGGCCGCCUCGGAACCGGAGAGACGGCUUUGCGCCGGGCUGCACGCCGCGUGCGCCGGGAGCGCAGUGUUCACGGAGAGGUCGCGGUCAGCUAGCGAUUGGUUAAUGAUUUAACCACAAGCUUCAGGCGGUCGAGCUCGGAUAGGGGUCUCUGGCUCCGCCCCUCGGAGCGCCCCCAGCUGGAGUUACAAAACCGCCCCCUGGCCUGGUGAGUCCCAAGAGCUGCCCUGCUCGCUGGACAUCCCGGCCAUCCGCGGCCUUGUGAUUUCCUGGUGGCCCGGUCUCCACCCACUGGACUUGCCCUUCAGAUUUGAUCCCAGACCGUCGGGAGGGUCUGCCUCGCCUUGCAGCCUGCAAGAUGCCGAUUCUCAAGCAGCUGGUGUCCAGCUCGGUGCACUCCAAGCGCCGUUCUCGCGUGGACCUCACAGCUGAGAUGAUCAGCGCUCCGCUGGGUGACUUCCGCCAUACCAUGCAUGUGGGCCGGGCUGGGGACGCCUUUGGGGACACCUCCUUCCUCAACAGUAAGGCAGGUGAGCCUGACGGCGAGUCCCUGGAUGAGCAGGCCUCCUCCUCCUCUUCCAAACGCAGCCUUCUGUCUCGGAAGUUCCGGGGGAGCAAGCGGUCGCAGUCGGUGACUCGGGGGGACCGGGAGCAGAGGGAUAUGCUAGGCUCCCUUCGGGACUCGGCUCUCUUCGUCAAGAACGCCAUGUCCCUGCCGCAGCUCAAUGAGAAAGAGGCCGCAGAGAAGGGCUCCAGCAAGCUGCCCAAGAGCCUGUCAUCCAGCCCUGUAAAGAAGGCGGAAUCGGGGGAAGGCGGCGCGGAGGAGGCGGCUGCUGGGGAGCUGGGGCCCCGUCGGAAUGGAGCCACAGGCCCCCACUCCCCGGACCCACUUCUCGACGAGCAGGCCUUCGGGGACCUGACGGAUCUGCCCAUUGUGCCCAAAGCCAGCUAUGGGCUGAAGCAUGCCGAGUCCAUCAUGUCCUUUCAUAUUGACCUGGGGCCCUCCAUGCUGGGCGAUGUCCUCAGCAUCAUGGACAAGGACGAGUGGGACCCUGAGGAGGAUGGUGGCAGUUACCACGCGGAUGAGGACCCCCCCAGGGUCGCCCAAGCUGCCCCUUUGGCAGAGGCAGCCCCUUCCCUGGCGAGGCCCUCCCACACGCUGGAGGAGGAGGGGUGGGCGGCAGCAGCCGCCCCCAGCCCCAGCUCAGCCCGCAGUGUAGGCAGCCACACUACGCGGGACAGCAGUUCCCUGUCCAGCUGUACCUCUGGUGUCCUGGAGGAUCGCAGCCCAGCCUUCCGGGGCCCAGACAGGGCCCAGGCCACUGCCCCAAGGCAGGCUGACAAGGAGUUCUCCUUCAUGGACGAAGAGGAGGAGGAUGAGAUCCGAGUGUGAGGUGGUCAGGAAGCAGCUGGAGCCAGCGGCUGCCUUUUCUCCCCGCUCCCACCCUCUGUGCCCUUUGACCUUACCAUGUGAGCGGCAGCGAGGACCUGUGGAUGAGGAGCUCCGGCCGAGCCCACGGCCCUCAGAGGACCUGAGAAGCUGACCUGGGUGCAGACAGGUUGACUGCUUUCCUCACGCACCUGUCCUCUGCAGCACCCCGGGGGGCCAGCUCUAAGCAGAGAAGCCUCUUGGCUUCCUCUUUCUCCAGCCUGGCCCCAAAUGGAUGCCAGAUGCUACCCAGAGUUCCUGCCUUGAGCACCCAUUGCAGGUCAGCGAAGGCAGCUCACUCCUUGGCCAGGACACUUGGCUCUCUACCCUGUGCCUGGUGUCCCUGCUAUGGCCACUGUCCUGCGCCAAGUGCAGCAGGAGGAAGGAGGUUUGUCUCAUCCACCCCCUCCAGCUCCAUCCUCGGCUCCUGCUCCAGACCCCUGAGCCCCUCAGAGGCAGAGCAGAGCAGGAGACCAGCCGUGAACCAGACACUACGUAUAUCCCCUGGCGGGGGUAAGGACAGGAUGGUAACAAUGGAAGGAAAGCCCUCGGCUUCUGGGGUUCCCGAGAAGGGGCCCUUCCCAGAUGACACUAGGAACAGGGCUGAGGCCCCGCCCUAUGGGUGUGCUUGUUCUUUAUUAUUACGUUUAAAUCCUUAUAGAGCAAUAUUUGGAACAGUGUUAAUAAAUAGAAUGGAAUCCUUUUAGAAAACCUUUAUGCCUCCUGUAACUCCUCCUCUCGGAAGUUGCAGUGGCUGUUAGCAUAGUCAAGUCUGGGAUGCACACUCCUGUGUCAAAGAAACCAGCCCCACCUGAAUGAUGGGGGGGUGUUCUCGAAUUGUCCCAUACCCCCACCCCCAUAGCUGUUAACAGCUGCAGGAAGCCAGUGUAGAUUUCUGGAAAAUUAUUAUUAAAAAAUAAUCUCUCCUGGGUGGAGCUGUGCUUUGGCUCUCUCAGCCUGUGUGGGACGCACACUUCCUCUUCUUUCUCCAGGCCUCCCCCACCGUGGAGGCCAGGGGCGGGGCCGGGGGCAUUGCCAGAUUUAAAACUGCAAAAAGAAAUCUAUGAAACGAAAACCAGAAGGCUAAAUUAAAUUUGAAUUUUAGGUAAACAAAAGAUAACUUUUUUAGUAUUCGUAUACCUCGUACAAUUUUUGGAACAUUCUUAAUGCUAAAGACUUGUUUUUCUGAAAUUCAGGUUUUGUGCCUCCUCCUGUAACUCUACCCAGGGGACUGAGUAGAAGCUGGCAUGUGAGUCCCAAGGGUGACCUGCCGGUUAUUUUUCUGUCCUGGGAAUAGGCUGACCAGCCUCUGCCUCUGCUUAGCCAGAGGGAGGAGUUGGGGAGAACUAACCGUAGUACAGGGGUCCUGGCCAUCGGGGUGGCGAGCCUGCGGGGACCCUAGCUCUGAGACACUAACCUGGCUCCUGACCCCGAGCUCCCUCAGCCGUGGAAUCACGGGGCUGUGCUUGCCCCAUUGGUGGCCCUCAGCAUCCACCUAGGUCAGUUCCAGACUUUAAACUGUGUAUUUUUUUCAUGAUAUUGUUAAAAGCAGCAAGGAAACAUUAAAAAGCCCUCUAGCACA